AUGCACUUUGGGUUUUCAAGACCUGGCUACUUGAACACCCGCAAGAACCGUUUGUAUAAUGGCCAGUACAAUACCAGCACCUCCUACCCACAGGACUGCACAAAAAGUAUACCACUGCAGGGGAUUCCUGAGAUCCCUCCAAAGAUCCGUCAACCGGCGAGACUUCUGGCGCAGGCUGAACCUCUGGAGAUUGACCAAGUGAUAGCUCAGCCGUGGAAAAUCGCUCUGGGCGCUGUAGACGUCGCUUUCCAAGAGCGUCGUCUCCUUCUCAAAGUCUCUACACCCCACGGGCCAGAUGUUGCGCGGCAAUUUGUCGACGUCCCUCUUCGGGUGUCAAAGAAGGCUCAUUUUGAGCGGCACUGGGCGUCUGCUUCUACGUUGGGAGCCGACCGUAUGGAACCAAAUGAUCGUCGGACAAUCAGAAGUUUCAGAUAUCUGGACGACGUCAACGACAACGUUCUUGCGGAGCUAGAUGAUAAACUACCGGAUUCUGCUGGCCAGGACUUAGAUAUGCUCCAGCCGCGACUGAUGAACCUCAAGGGCUUCAGUAAUUUCUUCUCCACGAGACUGGGCCCUAAGCUCGACCCAAAGGCUCUUUGGGGUCUGAUCGGGCUUAUUGUCCUGCCUCACGAAGCAGCAAUGAAACGAAUCGGUCAAAUGCUCAGCAAGCUGGGCUACUCUUGUGGAGACUUUCAACUACAUGCACGUCAGAGUUCCAAUCUCUCGACAGGAGAAAAGGAGGCAUGCUUCGAGAUCCUUGUAUUGAUGACCAGGUUUCUUUUGGAUGUUGUUAGGUUUCUACGGGAAGCUGGAGAUAUUAUCAACCUCUCCUACGGCCGUGGCUACGCGCAAGAGUCGUGGGUUGAACUGACGGCCACGUACGACAGAGCUCAGACCUAUAUUAACGAGCGGUUGAAUCGCAUCAAAAAGAUGGCAAAGUUUGGGAAGAGACAGGCCGCCCAGUUAUCAUUCCUUUCCCGCUCGCCUCGUUCCUUCGUUGACAGUGCCAAGUUGCCAUGCUUAGUUCUACCACCUGCCAGUACGAAUCGAUUCUUCAACCGUGACGAAGUCAUCGAGGAGUACAUUGAGAAGAAGAAGGCAGAAAAGGGGCUACGUGUCAUCUUCUGGAUCCGUGCGGAGACUUCGUUCUCGAUCCAGGAGAGCUUCGCCGACGAUGCUCUUAGGCUAGAACUCAACGGGGCUGGGAAAACCUUGCAUGAUGAGAAUCGACUACUUGUAAAGAGAUGGCUACAGAAAACGGAAUGCAAAUGGUUACUGGUGUACGAUAAUGUGGAGGAUUUCGGUCUCCUGCGGGCUAAUUGGCCCUCGCCUGGGAGUCAGGGGUUGGCACUUAUUACGACACGGAAUCACUCGCUAGCUUUGAACCCAGCUAACGGAGAUCUCGAGGUUCUCCCAUGGGACACAGCGAAUGGUACCAAGUUCCUCCUACACCUGCUGGACGGUCACAUCAGUACAGAUCUUCUAGCAAGCGAAGCCAAGUCGGCGUACAGUCUGGCCGAAAGACUCAGUGGCCAUGCGCUGGCAAUUUCGAACAUGAGCGGACUCAUUCAUCGUCGGUCCUGGAACAUCUCCGAGCUUCUCGACAAAUACGGAAGUAGUUUGAACUUCAAUAACGGCUUGGAGGCAAUCUGGGGAGUUUUCUUCAAAAAAUCUGAAGCCUAA